GUUAAAUUAUUUAAUUUAACAUGUUGUCUGUAUACUAUCAUGCUUAAUUACUAUCUUAAGCAUUAUAAAUGAAUCUGUAUAAAUGGCCUUUGUAUUUUAUUAAGGGCGUCUCUCCCUACAGGAUCAUCACUUUGAUUUGAGGGUUCUUGGCAGCCCUGCUGUAAAGCACCCCUGCUGAGAAGCAAGCUUGGAAGAGGAGGUUUUGUUUUCGCUGUCCAAGGUUCUGAAAUUGACUGAGCGCCACAAUACUUUUUCUAAAAAUACAGUAAGUCAUUAUCAAAUGUUUGAAUUAAGGCACGAAAAUGUUCCAGGCAAUGGGUUUCCUGUAACCAAAUCAAUAUCCUGACUGCAUGAAGUAUAGCUAUCACAGCUGGCUGACUGACGAGAAUACCAGCAUCGCGUGCAUACUCCUUUAAGAUGAUGUAAUUUUUGAUAACCCAUUAUGUUUUUUUUUUUUUCCCGCCCGCUGAGGCAACAACAGCUGAGGCGGUUAUUUUCCCGCGCCACAGCCCUGCUCGCGAGCGCACAGAGAGUGAUGCUGCAUCAUCUUCACUCCUAAAUCCCUCCAACAUGCAAAACCCUGGAUUAUUUCAGAGGAUCACUCACUGGAUUUUCUUCUAAAUAGCUGGGAUUACUAACCAACAAUUGUAGCAACGAAAUUUGACUGUUUUUAAUCAUUUCCUUUAAAAAACUAUCAAUUCUAGGUCUAUUUGGUCGUCAAAAGUUCCGCUUCUGAACUUGUAUGGAACUUUAGAACUGCCAAACAGAAAACAAAAUAUAUAGUUUUAUUCUAUAAUGCUUGUGCCGAAUUUAAACAGCAGCCUCCGUUUGCAUACAAAUGUACUCUUUUUUUUCAGGCGAAGAAACAAGCGCCCCUGUCUAUCGCCGUGUCCAUACGCUGCUGAGCAACCGUCACUCUCUGGUGUGCGCGUGUAGUUCCUCCUCGGAUAUUCACCGUACUUUCGAUCUUUUGUGGAGAAGACGUGGAUUUCUAAAAUAACGUAACUGUAAGGUACCUGCUCCAAUUAGUUGAAAUGCUAUUUUUAUUGCCAUUUAAUGUGCAUGGUCCAUCGUCUGUAUUCACUAAACCGUUUCCUGAGCUGUAGAGCGAACUUUGCCGCCUUUUUUUCCGGAUAUUUUUUUCACCCAUGACUGAAACAAUGGCGUUAAGUGGAAACUCUCGAGCUAAAGACAACAGUUUUCCAGAUGUUAUUGAACUAAACGUCGGGGGGCAAGUGUAUUAUACCCGUCACGUCACAUUAAUCAGCAAUCCUGGCUCCCUUUUGGGGAAAAUAUUCUCUCCUAAAAAUAACGCAUCGAAUGAUCUUGCCAGGGACCCCAAAGGUCGUUAUUUCAUCGACCGGGAUGGGUUUUUGUUCAGAUAUGUGUUAGACUACCUCAGAGACAAGCAAGUUGUCCUCCCUGACCACUUCCCUGAGAAGGGGAGGCUGAGGAAAGAAGCAGAGUACUUUCAAUUGCCUGAUUUGGUUAAACUCUUAACCCCGGACGACUUGAAGCCCAGUCCCGACGAAUACAUCCACAGUGAUUACGAGGAUGGGUCUCAAGGAAGCGACCAGAGGAUGUGUCCUCCGCCGUCGCUCGUUCCCGCCGACAGAAAAAGCGGGUUCAUAACCGUCGGAUAUCGCGGAUCUUGUACGAUGGGUAGGGAGAGUCAAACCGAUGCCAAAUUCCGGAGGGUGCCACGGAUUAUGAUAUGUGGGAGGAUCGCGCUGGCCAAAGAAGUUUUUGGCGAGACCUUAAAUGAGAGCAGGGACCCAGAUAGGACCCCUGACAGGUACACGUCCCGCUUUUACCUCAAGUUCAAGCACCUGGAGCGCUCUUUCGACAUGCUCUCGGAGUGUGGUUUCCAGAUGGUCGCGUGCAACUCGUCAGUGACGGCCUCGUUCGUCAACCAGCAUACUGACGACAAGAUAUGGUCAAGUUACACUGAGUACGUCUUUUACCGUGGCCCAUCUCGCUGGUCAUCUCCACCUUGCGACUGCUGCUGCAAGGGUCACAAAGGUGAAGGCGAAGGUGAGAGUGGAACCUCAUUCAACGAGCUCUCCACCUCCAGCUCGGAGAGCCACUCCGAGGCCAGCUCCCCGCAAGGCACCGUCAUCCGUGGCCCGGUCAGCCGGCAGACACACGUGCAAACAUUGGACAGGCCUCCCAAGAAAGGCCCCGUUCAGCAUCUCCUGCAGCAGCAGCAGUCCGAGCAUCGCCGCAAGAGCGACCUACUCCGGACGCUGACCGCGAGUUCCCGGGACACCAGCACCUGCAAGAAGCGGCCAGCGAAAGAAAAGUUGACUGUGGAAGAGGAACUAGAGAAGUGCAUCCAGGACUUCCGCAAGAUCAAGAUUCCUGAGCACUUUCCCGAGCGCAAGUACAUGUGGCAGGCCGACCUCCUGCGCAAAUACCGUCUUUGAGGAACGGUGGCAACCGUUUUCAAACCUUGAGCGCAAGCUACAACAAUGUACGUGUUCACUACUACAACUACUAUUGCUAGUACACACCACACUACUACUGCCUCUGACUUUCUUGUCAAUGCCGGUCGAUAACCCGAGCGACCACUUCAUCUGCUUGAAUGCUAAUUGUUUACUUGUAAACACCUGCAUUUUUGUAGAGUUCCAGAGAGACGCAAGUGUUUUCGAAAGACACACAGCUACUCGUCUCAUUGGUUUCGGUCUCCCUUGCAGAGCUACACAAAUUUGUGUGUAAUUGUAUGUUUGUUACAACUGAAUUUUUGACCUCGGUAUGUUAGUGCCACAGCGAUUGAGUUGAGGUGGCCCAGAGGUUGAAAGAUGAAUGUGUAUCCACCUCAUAAAUAAUGCAUGUGGUCCCAACUGUGCCCUUUCUAAGAAUAGCCACUGCCUUGGCGGACGUGUGAGCGGGUUUCCAUUUCAAAACUCUGAGAAGCACAGAAGACUAUGGAGCCAAAUGUGUUUUCCCUUUUUCAGAUUCUCCACGUUCCAUUUUCGUACCUCAGCAAAGCUGCAAUCAGUGGCUGUGAAGACCCCUCCACAUACAGUCAUGACAUAAAAGGGUUGUGGGUGGAAACUCAAUAGCAUCACAUAAAGGCUUUGAAACUGCUGCCUGAAACAUAUUGAUUUAAACAUGAUAUUCCAAAUGGGAGUGGAUGAUGGCUUACUCUUGAGGUCACAGGUUAAAUACUGAAUGUUUGGGAAAACCGUUUAACAGGAAAGGAAAUACAACAUUAGGGAUAUAUUCUGAAAGCAAUCACACACUGAACAACACAAACAUAGUUUAGGGUUGUGCAAUCUUUAUGCUGCUGUAUUCAUUCCAUCAAUAACAAUACUGAGUGAAUUUGAUGGCUUUGAUUAUAUGUUCCGGAAGGACUAUUAGACAUAAUGAGACCUAUGUAUAUCUGAUGAUAAUUCAGUGUAAACGUAUUGGUGUACGUAAUGGUUAAUAAUGAAUACAAUCCUUUAUAAACAUCAUGUUUUUAGACACACCAAUACCAAGCAGCUUAGAUAUACAGUAUAUAUCUUUAAUUUAUAUUUAAUUCUAUUUAAAGUUAAGUUUAAUUUAACAAUCAUUUUGCAAGGAUUUAAAAACCAAUAUAAGCAUCAUAACUUGCUGCUAUUGAAUUAUAUUUAUUUUCAAACUAUAGUAGACAGACUUCAAUGUAAGGGGUAUAGAGUAAUAGCUACAAAUUUAUAAUAAUACCAUACAUUUAUUUUCAAACAACUGAUGCCAAGGUUAAAUUACAACUGAUAAGUAUGGAAGAUGGAAAAAAUGAUCUGCCUCUUACAAAAAGUUAUUUUCCUUUCUUUCUUUCUCUGCUAAUUUCCUUUAUAUUAUACCUUAACUGCCUAUGAUGAACAGCCUAAACCUAAGUUUACCUACACAUAUUUUUAAUCUUAUACAAUUAAUUGUCAAAAAAAUGUGACUGGAUGUUAAAAAGAGAGGUACAUUCUCAUCACAGAUAUAAUGCAUAAGACCUUUUGAUUAGCAUUCAAUUCUGUGUACUGAGCAUCUAUCAUUAAUAUAUAUAUAUAUGCUCAGAAGAUAUAGCAAAUAUCUUUGUAACCUCACUUUGUGAAGUGUGAUACACUCCAGAUGCAAGUGAUGAAAUUGAUUUAGAACUUUCUUUUCUCAAAGUAGCCUUUUGAAUUAGAAUAUAAAUUAAGAUUUAUUGAGUGCUAAUCAAAAUGUAGCCUCCAGCAUCUCAUUCCCAUAUCAUGAAGUCUAUUCACCAGAAAUAUGAAAUUAAAGGGGAGAGAGAAUAGCAUGUAUAAUAGAAUAUAUAUGAUUUAUUAUCUGGGUACUUACAGGAUACAUUAAAAUCAUUAUUUUAUUGUUUUCCUGCUCUAUUCCAAACACUGUCCAUACUGUAAAAUAAUAGCUUUGCAAAUCACUUGUAAAUAACAUGAUAUUAAAAUGUAUUUUAUAUGAAUUACCCUUGUAAUCUGUAAAAGAUUACUCUUUGACCACUCAAGACAGCUAAAUUAUAAUAAAAGUGUUUGGAAUCCAUAUGAAUGGUAAUUAUAUGUCAAUAUUUAUGUAAUAAAUAAGUAUCAUAUGAAGCUACAGUAACAGAAUAGGAAAAGAGCCCAUUGUGGAAGUUAAAGUUGAGCUGUUAUGUGUAACACAUGAGCACAACUCAUCUAAAGCACAAACUCACUGCCAUUUUUACCAGGAAGGACCUGGAGAUUCAGGUGGCAUUCUAGCUGUGCUGUGCAGGCACCACACAUUGAUACAUUAGAUUCUAUAAUCGGCCAUUUCCUCUUUAUUUCAUAUAAGCCUAUAUCUAUAUCUACAAAACUUGGGAGAUAUAUAGACAAGGCCUUUGGUGGUAAAAGCAACUUGUAUGGUAGCCAGACAGAGAGCCCUUGUGAAAAAGUGUGCUUAAUCAAUGCAUACUUGUAGAGUACUUUAAAUCUUAAAAGUAUAUUUAAAAAACACUGUACUUGCAGGCAAUUUAAAAGGCCACUUAAGUGUACUUUCAUGUUUCUCUGUUUCUUAACACACUUAAAGCUGCAGUCCGUAACUUUUUUUGGUUAAAAAUGAUCCAGCAAGUACAUAACCUGCCAGUGUUCAAAACACCUUGCCUUUGCCCGAUGCACAACGGUAAGCUUGUAAUAAUGUGGUACUGGUGGGUAUUCGCGGGAAAUUUGAACAUGUUGCCGGUUGUCUUUGCGUCAUUACGUCACGUCUGUUUACAUAAAGAACGAGUCUCAGCUAGUAGGCUAUAUCGCAUGUCAGGCGGAUUAUUUAUAGCCUUUUCUCACAGCAGCUGCAAUAAUUAAACU